CUGAUUGGGCGAGGGGGCGGGACUUCCGGUGUGCGCCCUGAGCCCGGCGGUGGCGGUCACUGAAGCCGGCGCCAUGGCGGGCCGCAGAGCUGCCAUCAAGGCCAUUGACUGGGUGGCUUUCGGCGAGAGGGUGCCCGCCAACCAGAAGGCGAUGUUCAACGCCCUGAAGACCCGCAGCGAUGCGCUGUCGGCUCGGUUGGCUGCCCUGCCAGAGAAGCCCCCUGAGAUUGACUGGGCUCACUACAAGGCUGUUGUUGCUAAAGCUGGCAUGGUGGAUGAGUUUCAGAAGAAGUUCAGUGCACUGAAGGUUCCUGAGCCCGUGGAUACACAGAGUGCCAAAAUUGAUGCCCAGGAGAAGGAAGCUGCCAAGAGUGCGGCCGAGUACGUGCAGGCUUCCCAAGCGCGCGUGGCGCAGUACGAGCAGCAGCUGCAGAAGUUCAAAAACAUGAUUCCCUUCGACCAGAUGACACUUGAGGACUAUCACGAUGCCUUCCCCGAGACCAGACUGGACAAGGAGAAGUACCCAUACUGGCCCCACAAACCCAUUGCUGAUCUGUAAACCUCUCUGCAGGGCUUUGCCCAACAGCUGCCAGGCUCUCUGGUUGUUCAAAUAAAGUGCUUUCCCUCCUGU